GUUAUGCUUAUGCAUACUUGUUUGCAAUUUUAAAUGGGAAUCAAUUUAGCUUAGGUAUUUGUAGGCAACUGUAGAUAAAUAACUAGUCAUAUCAUUUGGCUUAACUAAAGGGAGAAAAAAAUUUUGCUUGUGAGGAUUGCUUCGGGUAUAUAAUAUAUAUUUGUCGUCAACAUACCCAACAAAAAUUCUUUCUUCCCCAUUGAAUUAUACGAGCUUCGUCUUUUUCGUGUUCAUAAUUCUUUGGUUCGCGUUGACCAGCUAACUGCUUUCUUGUGUUAUUCAACCUGUUUUUCCAUAAUGUGAGGAAAUUAUUGUCAUUGAUAUGGUCAAAGGGAAGUUCCAGGCUUACUUUCCAUUUGAAAAGAAUUCUUUGACAUACAGCUGCCUUCAUUGUCGUGCACAUUUAGCUCGUCAUGACGAUCUCAUAAGUAAAUCUUUCCAGGGAAGUCAAGGUCGAGCUUAUCUAUUUAAUCAGGCUGUAAAUGUUCGUUGCGCUGAAGCUAAACAACGUGUUCUUCUGACCGGGUUGCAUUUUGUAGCUGACAUAUUUUGUGCAUGCUGUGAUACAGCAUUAGGUUGGAAGUAUGAACGUGCUUUUGAACCUAGUCAACGAUACAAAGAAGGCAAAGUGAUAAUUGAACUGGUACAUUUAUUUAAGGAUAACAGUUGGGAUGCUGAAUGGUUAUAUCCUUUGUAUCCGACAAGCUCUGUUGCUAAUGGUAAUAAUUCAGACACAAAUUUAAAUUAUUCAAAGCCGCAUUCAAUUAGUUUAAGUGACUAUCGUCAUGGUGAAAAUGGAAAAUCUAAAUCUUCAUUAAACUUCCCACUGAUUGAUGCGUCUAAUUCUUUAUCAUCCACUGAUGGAGGUGUUUUUGAAUCUUCGACAACUGAUUUAAUUGAUCCUAAUGAAGAAACGUGUACGGAUUUCGAGCAUAGUCAUCGUCAUUCACACCCUCCUCCUCCUCUACACCGCCACCAUCAUCAACUUCAUCAUCAUUUGAAUACAUCUCCUUCGUCCUCAACUCAGGUUCAUCAGUCAUCAUUUUCUCUUAUGUCAAAUGAUUCAGCGUCCUUAGCAUAUCGAUUAAGUUCAUCAUUAAAUGCAACGGGUUGGGCGUUUCGUAUUCCACCACCAAUGACAUCUAACAAUGAUGGCCAUGAUAAAUAUUUAUUAGGAUUAUCUGAUUCUGGACGUGUCAGUGAUUAUUCUCGUACUUGCACAUCAACAUCAGCAACAGAGAAUGUAGGACAUUUAAAUCCUGUUUGUUCUACUAAUAAUAACAACAGCGAUAGUGAUGAUGGACACGUUGGCAAUUUAAUGCUAGAUAGUGUGAUUAUCACUAAUAUUGAUAAAAGUAAUACACGUAUUCAUAAUAAUAUAGAUAACAAAAGUAGAGUAGUCUCUGGCCAAACAGGUACUAACGUUAAUAAUAAUAAUAAUAAUAAUAAUAAUAAUAAUAAUAAUAAUAUUCACAAAGAAGAUGAACAAUUUACCAAAUCAAAGCCAACAGCUCCUGUUGCAAUUAAGCUGUCUCAUAAAGAUGAAAACAAUAAUUCUGUGGAUAGUAAUAAUAAUAAUAUUAAUUCUGAAUAUAGUUGUUUGGUAACUGAUGCAUAUGAUAUUUUUGAAGAUAUUAACUUUAACAAUGGGAAUAAUCAUAGACCAAUGGAUGAUUUAUGCUUAAGAAAGUUAUCUCAGUUUUCAACACCUCAAGCUAGAAGAAUUUCUAAAAUCAAUACACAAAAUAUACGAGUUACAUUCAAUGCUCAUUUAGGUAAACGUAAUCGUAAACGUUCAAAACAUCGAUUACGUGCUUCUUCUGCUUCACCUUCAAGAGAUUUUCUAUUACCUAACGGUUCAGAAGAAGAAGAUGAUGAAGAAGAAGAAGAAACACAUAAUCUAUCGAAUUUUACUCAUUUUAAUAAUCAAUCACAAAAUAUUGUUAAAGUACAAGAUUGAAUUUCUUUUCAUUAUCAUUUUGAAUUCGAAAACUACUCUGAAUGUCCAUGAAUUUCAUACACAUACUUGCACACACACACACAAUUAGCCUUUGUAUGAUUUUAAAUACUGUGCACUAAUAAACCAUAUGUCUUUCGAGCCAUCUUUGAUUUAGAUUAAACAGUUUACUUUAAAAAAAUAAUAAUAACCAAUUAUAUCCUAGUAACAUAUCUCCUAUUCAUUGCUUAUUGUUUGGCGGUUUAUUUUCUUUCAGCUUCCUUGUUUUCUUUUGUGAACAUUAGAUUAAUCCUAAUCUUAUAUAUAUAAAAAUACCCGCCCCCCCCCAUUAUUUUACAAUCAACUAAUGUAUAUCAUUAACAUAAACCUUUAAUAUAUAUAUCCAGUUUCUAGGCUAUCAAAGCUUAUAUCUUAUUCAAUUAGAAUUGUCCAAGUCAUAUGAUCUUCAAUGCAUAGAUAUCUAUAUAUAUAUAUGAAACUGAUAUCUCUUCAAUAUCUUCCUUCUUCUUCUAUUUAUUAUUAUUUUGUUAAUCUAUUAGAAACAAUGAAAUGUUCCAAUGGAUCAUUUAUAAUAUAUAGGCAUGGCAACAUUAAAAUUGGGAAUAAAAAUGAAUAUUAUUCAUAUUAUGAUUAUAAAUAGAAAAAAACAAACAAACUGGUGAUUAUUAAUUAGUUAUUUGCUUGAUGGAUAGUUACAAUUUUAUUGAUUAUAUAACUUUAAUUAUCUCUCCCUCUUUUUUUUUCUUUCUUUACUUAUGAAUAUAAAGAAAAAGUAAUAUUGUGACGUAAUUUUACUUUCUUUUCUUCAUAUUACAAAUUGUUACAUAAUAAUAAUUUGUUACUAUGGUUUUAAUAUUAACAUCAUUGAUAAUGAUAACAUAUACUAAACCCCUUGAUAUGAUAUUGAUUUUUUAAAAAGAAAAACAAAGAGAGGGGGGGUAUCUGUAAAAUUUUUAAUCGAUUAUUAUUCUUAUUAUUAUGAUGACUGUGUCUUAGUUACUAUGUUCUAUGUUAUUUUUCUGAGAUUGUUUUAUUGUUGUAUUUGUGAAGAAAUUUUAAGUUUCCCUUUUUUUUUAUUUAAAAUUUUGUUUCUUUCAUUUCAUUGCCUCUUAGAAUAUCUAAAUGAAGUCAUAUUUUAUUAAAAUAAAGAGAAAUCCGU